AUGUCCACUGACUCGUUCUCCCCCCUUUACUUACAGCGUGAGAGCAAGACAUUUCUCGCCCGCCUUUGCGAACAGGCUGAGCGCUACGAUGAAAUGGUCACGUACAUGAAGGAAGUCGCCAACAUCGGAGGCGAGCUUUCCGUUGAUGAGCGUAACCUUCUUUCCGUUGCCUACAAGAACGUGGUUGGUACCCGUCGUGCCUCCUGGCGCAUCAUCUCCUCCAUUGAGCAGAAGGAGGAGACCAAGGGCUCUGAGAAGCACGUUUCCAUCAUCCGUGAUUACCGUCAAAAGAUCGAGACCGAACUCGAGAAGGUCUGCCAGGACGUCCUUGAUGUCUUGGAUCAGUCCCUUAUCCCCAAGGCCGAGACUGGCGAGUCCAAGGUCUUUUACUACAAGAUGAAGGGUGACUACCACCGCUAUCUUGCCGAGUUCGCCUCUGGCAAUAAGCGCAAGGUCGCCGCUACCGCUGCUCACGAGGCUUACAAGAAUGCCACCGAUGUUGCUCAAACCGAUCUCACUCCCACUCACCCCAUCCGUUUGGGUCUCGCCCUUAACUUCUCCGUCUUCUACUAUGAAAUUCUGAACUCCCCCGACCGUGCCUGCCACCUUGCUAAGCAGGCCUUCGACGAUGCCAUUGCCGAGCUUGACUCCCUCUCUGAGGAGAGCUACCGGGACAGCACUCUGAUCAUGCAGCUUCUGCGUGACAACCUGACCCUGUGGACCUCUUCUGAUGGUAACGACGCCGAGGGUGCUGCUGCUCCUAGAGAGGACAAGCCCGAGGAGGAGGCUGCUGCUGCCCCCGAGGAUAAGGUGGAGGAGACCCAGCCCGCUGCCCCUGAGUCCUGA